AUGCACCGCCCUGCUGUCAAAGAGAGGGUUUCCACCUACACAGAAGACGAGGAUUGCCUCCAGAAGCGACUUUUCAUGAGGAUCCAUUUUCAGGAUGACAAAGCAUGGUAUGCUCUCCCUGAAAAGGUGAACAUGACAGCCACCAAGCUUUCGGUGAAGAUUGGACGCAGUCAUGCUGACUCUCCGAAGCGUCGGACCAUCAGCGAUGACUUUGAUGCAGAAAACCAGGUCCGCAAGUCGCCAAAGAGCAGCAACCGCAGCUCGCCACGAGGAUCUCCCAAAGGAAAGCUGAGCCCCGCGCGCGCCACCAGGCACUCUCCUCGGGGGAAGGGCGCCGACCGCUUUGGCGAGCACGAGUCGCCCCGCAAGUCCACCCUCGGCCGCUCCCCUGGGGCAAUCGCCAACGCCAAAACUUCCCCCAUCGGAUCUGCGCCCGCUUCUUUGAAGGAUGCCAUUGCCGAAAGCCCGACCAGAAGGCGCCUGUCGGUCCUGUUCAGAAAGGCGGGUGGCACGGAAAAGGAGCUGCCGAGCGGUCUCGUUUUGGAAGGGGACGAGAACGAGGCGGCUGAUGCGAAGGACAAGUUGGACAUCGAGCCGGCGACGCCUCCCAAGGACUCUGAAGGGGCUGCGGCGUCUCAGUUGGACGACGCCCUCGAAGACGCCAUUUCCUGCCGAGUUGCCGUUCAAUCGUGGGCGGGGCAGAAGAACGGGUUCAGGAAGGCGAACCAGGACGCAUACGUGCUGGCCAAAGCGGAGGACCGCAAGUGCUUGCUCUUUGGCGUCUUCGACGGUCAUGGACCCAACGGCCAUCACGCCUCACAGUUUAUCAAGAACAACCUCCCGAGCAGUAUCCUCAAGCAGCCGGACCUUGCGAGGGACCCCGAGGAGGCCUUCCGUCAGUCGUUCCUGUCCGUGGAUGGGAACCUCGACACCUCCGUGGACUGCAACGUCAGCGGAACGACUGCAGUGCUCGCGCACAUUGCGGGCAGGAAGCUGACCCUUGCGUGGGUCGGAGACUCGCGAGGCGUUCUCUGCCGAUCGAAUGCGGAUGGAAUCUGUGAAGGCCUCCCUUUAACCAUCGACCACAAACCGGAUUCAAUAGGGGAAAGGCGAAGAAUCUUGAGUUGCAACGGUAGAGUAGACAGAUUGAUUGAUCAAUAUGGUGAGGAGGUGGGUCCGUACCGGGUGUGGUUACGUCACGCCCCCAUCCUAGGGCUCGCAAUGAGCCGAAGCAUGGGAGACGUGCUCGCGCAUUCUGUCGGCGUCUCGAGCGUUCCAGAGUCAAUCUCGCGCAACCCGCUGACUAUCGAGAUUGCCCACUUGCAGACGUCAACCCACGUCAUUACGUCAGCAGACAAGUUCCUGAUCCUGGCGAGCGACGGCAUCUGGGAGUUUAUCUCUAGCGAGGAGGGGGUCAAGAUUGUGCAGGACUGCGCCACCCCCGAAGCGGGGUGCAAGAAGCUCAUGAUGACCGCGCGCGCGCGCUGGCUCGCGCUCGACCACGGCUGCUACGUGGAUGACAUCACGUGCAUGGUCAUCAGUUUCAACCACACCAGGACUAGCUCUGCCUCUCCUUCGGCAUAA